AUGUUGUCGUGUGGAUCGAGUAUCAUCGUUGUCUACAUAGUUUUCUUUCUCUAUAAAACUGGAGAGUCCAUGUUGGAUGCGACGACACUACCGUAUUUGGUUCGUGCUGUAUGCUAUAAAAUAUUUAAGGAUAAUGAGAAUAGCACAAUGUGUAUGAACUUAGACAAGAACCAUGAACUGGAAGACAUCAUACAGAAACAAUCUGGAAAUUAUCUGAUUUAUCAUAGACUACUACAAAAUAUUCCAGCCAUUGCAGUAUCGUUAUUCUGUGGGUCAUACAGCGAUCGAUACGGCAGAAAAAUCCCCACAGUGCUACCAAAUCUGGGAACCAUUUUUGCAGUGGUGUUAUAUUUUGCAAGCAACCUGGUUCCGGAGUACAGGAUAGGUAUUUUUCUCAGUGGUUCUGCUCUACAAGGAUUGUUUGGAAAUAGGUCUGUGAUUACAAUGGCAGUCUAUGGCCUCGUAUUCGAUUUAUCCAAGGAGAAAAACCGCACGAGGAAUCUUGGACGAUUGCUUGCUAUGAACUUUUUUGGUCUAACAUUGGGAGCGCUGUUUUCUGGUGUAUUUCAAGAUGUUCUUGACAUUAAUUCCGCCUUUGCGUCGAUUUUGGUGCUUCAUGGGACCGCGAUCCUCUUAACAAUUGUUCUAGUUCCUGGAACCAAGGAAAAGAAAGAUUCAAUGGCUAAAAAUAAUAAAGAGGGAGCCGAGGAAGCAAGCUAUGCUUUAUGUGAUUUGUUCCGCCCUUCAAACGUUAAGGAGACUAUAGCAGUAAUGUUUAAGUCGCGUUCAGAGAACAAAAGAAUCAUUCUCAUUAUAUUAUUCAUUAUGUCCGUGGUGAAUCAAACAUGUAGAGCUGGAGAGGUAGAUGUUAAAUUUUUAUUUGUAACGAGAAGUCCCUUAAGCUGGCCAAAGUCUUGGUAUGGGUAUCUCCUGUCAUCUGAUUACGCAACAAUGGGGUUUGGAUUACUUUUGAUCAUGCCUUUGCUCUGCAAUAAGUUAGAGCUUUCAGAUGUCACAAUCAUGAUGCUUGCUAUUGGUUCUCAAAUCGCUAGACUAAUAUUUAUGGGUGUCAGUGAUGAAUUAUGGACGAUUGUUGUCUCUGUUGUGGUUGGUGUCUUGACUGGUGUGGUUUCCUCCGCCCUGCGCUCCAUGAUUGGUAAGGCUGUGCACGUGGAGGAGGCGGGGAAGAUUUUCUCUCUCGUGUCAUGCGGAGAAACAUUAUCCAAAUUCUUAGGCCCUUUAGUAUUUGUCAAUAUAUACAAUGCUACAGCUGACAUAUUCCCUGGUAUAUCCUUUUUGGUAGAGGUAUCCAUCUUUGUAAUUAUGUUAGUGGUAUUAGGGGCUAUGUUUAAACAGUUGCGAGCCCUUCAUAACUUGCUGACCAACAUCACUGUCCACGUCGUUUCCAAAAGUGAUCAGAGACAAUCAAUAACUAAUGAUAAGCAGGACAUUCCACCACAGUCUAACUUUCCAUCACAGGAGGACAAGAAAGAGUUAUAUAUAUAA